GAAGUUAUUGACGUGGCCACGUCUCAGCGCUACCCGAGUACCAUCGCUCUCCAUUUUUCUUCGCAUUGAGUUGUGCGCAAGUGGAAGAAAUAAAAAUUAAAAGCCAACAAGGAAAAUGAAUGAAGAAUACGAUGUUAUCGUUCUAGGGACCGGACUUACGGAAUGUAUCCUUUCCGGGAUCAUGUCGGUGAAGGGGAAGAAGGUGCUGCACAUGGACCGAAACUCCUACUACGGAGCAGAAAGCGCCUCCAUCACCCCGCUGGAGGACCUGUAUAAGCGUUUCAACUUGCCUGGCAGUCCCCCAGAGUCCAUGGGGAAGGGGAGGGACUGGAACGUGGACCUCAUCCCGAAGUUCCUGAUGGCCAACGGCCAGCUGGUCCGGAUGCUGCUCCUCACCAAGGUGACGCGGUACCUGGAUUUCAAGGUCGUGGAGGGCAGCUUCGUCUACAAGAAGGGGAGCAUCCACAAAGUGCCGUCCACCGAGACAGAGGCACUGGCGUCCAGCCUGAUGGGGAUGUUCGAGAAACGGCGGUUCAAGAAGUUCCUGGAGUUUGUCUCCAAUUUCGACGAGAACGAUCCCAAAAGCUUCCAGGGCGUUGACCCGAAGAAGACCACCAUGCGGGACAUCUACAAGAAGUUUGACUUGGGACAGGACGUCAUGGACUUCACAGGGCACGCGCUCGCCCUCUACAGGAAAGACGACUAUCUGGACCAGCCGUGCUUGGACACCAUUAACAGGAUUAAGCUGUACAGCGAAGGCUUCGCCAGGUAAGCAAGCCCUUACCUGUACCCUCUCUACGGGCUGGGAGAGCUUCCACAGGGCUUCGCCAGAUUAAGUGCCAUAUAUGGAGGAACCUACAUGCUGAACAAGCCCAUCGAGGAGCUGGUGAUGGAGAACGGAAAGGUGGUGGGCGUGAAAUCAGAGGGCGAGGUGGCCCGCUGCAAACAGCUGAUCUGUGACCCCAGCUACGUGAUGGACCGUGCCAACAAGGUGGGUCAGGUGAUCCGGGUCAUCUGCAUCAUGAGCCACCCCAUCAAGAACACCAGCGACGCUAACUCCUGCCAGAUCAUCAUCCCCCAGAACCAGGUCAACAGGGAGCACGACAUCUACGUGUGCAUGAUCUCCUACGCACACAACAUCGCGGCCCAGGGCAAGUACGUGGCCAUCGUCAGCACCACGGUGGAGACCAACGACCCGGAGAAGGAGAUCAAACCCGCCCUGGACCUGCUGGAGCCAGUGGAACAGAAGUUCGUGAGCAUCAGUGAUCUGUACAGCCCUGUAGAUUUGGGGACUGAAAGCCAGAUCUUCAUCUCCCGGUCCUACGACGCUACGACUCACUUCGAGACCACCUGCGACGACAUUAAAGACAUCUACAAGCGGAUGACGGGCACAGACUUUGACUUUGCGGAAAUGGAACGCCAGAAGAACGACAUCUUUGGAGAUGUGGAGUAGAAGAGCCGAUUCCAUACUUACAGAAAAUAUUACUGGCUGAUGAUCUAUGUUUUGGCCCCUACAGAUCUUAAUAAAAAGGGUAUAAAUUUGUAUUGAUGGGUGGGGGGGUGGGCGGCAGCAUUUUAUCAUUGGAUUUUGAUAAGUAUUGCACUGACAUAAACACCCAUCUCGACAUCUACAUUUCCAGGUUGUUACCGUUAGGAGGGGUUCUGUAGAGAUGGCCGAGCUUGGCUUCAUUACACCAAAAACUGGGUAGAGCAACUGCAGUGACACCGAGUUGAACAAAUCUGUUCCAUUUUGUUUGGAUAGGGGGGGCUGGCCUGAUUUGUUUAAAUGAUUGACAGAUCACUGCAGCUAAAUAGCUCCACUCAUUAUGAGUGUAUGACAGUGCUCUACCAUCACUAGUGUUCUGUCCAAAUAUGCCAAAAAUCCUUGGUUUUCAUUCCAAAUGGUUACUGUGGGAAAACGUUCAGUACUAUUAAAUAGUAUUUCUCUUUUCUUCCUCCCUAGUUUGGGGGCACUGUGCAGAACGUCUGUCUCUGGAUCUCUACGUGCGGUAUGAAAGUGAACCUUGAGCUGUAAUGUGUGCUGCCACUAGGGGGCACACUGUUCUUUCCUAAUUCUUUAAACCGCUCACAAGCACAAAGAUUAUUGGGAGCAAUCAGUUUUUGCCAGUAUUUAGAUUGUUGCGUACACAUGGAGAUAAUAUGAUUACUCAGAUUUCCCCGUUUACAUUAUUCUGGCCAUAAUUAAUGGAAACUGUACACGGCCUUCUGCCUGACACAGUUAAAAAAGCUGAAAUCAAAAGCCUGGGCAAAAAAUCCAGGUGGCAUAAUAGGGUUUUGAACACACCAAUUACGACCUUAAAGAUAAUCAGGUUAAGGUGUUCACAUGACCAUUUCAAUAGUAUUGCCAUAAUCGGCGUAAGAUCUGAGUAUUGCCUUGCAUGUAAACGCAUCCAGUGUUUAUGAGUUUAAAGUCUUCACUGAGUAUAAUUUAACGGCUUUGUAUUGAAAUUGGAGCAGCGGUAAGACCCAGGGGUCCCUGGCCCUGGGUCCUGGAUAGCUGCAUGGUCUGCUGGUUUUUGCUUUCCUCUUCAAAAAUCAGCAAACAAGUCAGAACCAAGAAUCCAGGCGAGGAUAGUUAACUGCAGUCAGCUGCUUUAACCGAUCAGGUGCUGAGUCACAAUGAAAGCCAAGCACACCCAGCACAGGGCCAACUGUAUUUCAGGUAAAACUCAAGAGGAUACCAUUUAGAUUUUGACAUAAUGCAUCACAGUAACGGUCUUUGCUUUUCACAAAUUAACCCAACGGAUCGCAGCGGGUAGUGACGUGGGCCAGUUUAUCGUGCUCUGUAGUUUCAGCAUCAAGCACUUUUACAGUCGGUUCCAUCACAAGGGCAUGUAGGUGUCAACACCACACUGAAACAAACUGUGUACUGCAUAGUAAAAAACUUAAGACCA